GGGGAUGCGCCCCGCGCCAGCCGCUCUCGCCUAUCUCUCCUUCCGCACAGUCCGGGUUUCCGCUUCCCUCCGGGCGCGGGGAGCGGGAUCGAGUCCGAGCCUAGCCCCGGCGCCGCCGCCAUGUGGCCCCCGGACCCGAGCCCCGAGGCGGCCCCCGAGCCUGCCGGAGGCCCGCGGGCCGACGCGGCGGUGCCCGGACUCCGCGCGCUGCUGCCGGCGCCCGCCUUCCUCUGCUCGCGCAAAGGCCGCCUCCUGCUGGCCGAAGCGGGUCUCUCAUUCAUCACCUUUGUCUGCUAUGUGGCGUCCUCAGCAUCGGCCUUCCUCACGGCUCCCCUGCUGGAGUUCCUGCUGGCCCUCUACUUCCUCUUUGCUGGUGCCAUGCAGCUGAACGACAAGUGGCAGGGCUUGUGCUGGCCCAUGAUGGACUUCCUACGCUGUGUCACAGCAGCCCUCAUCUACUUUGCUAUCUCAAUCACAGCUGUCGCCAAAUACUCGGAUGGGGCUUCCAAAGCAGCCGGGGUGUUUGGCUUCUUUGCCACCAUCGUGUUUGCAAUCGACUUCUACCUGAUCUUUAACGAUGUGGCCAAAUUCCUCAAACAAGGGGACUCUGCAACUGAGACCACAGCCGGGAAGACAGAAGAAGAGAAGUCCUCUGACUCCGACUCCAACUCCGACUGAAGGCCUGCCCUGCCCUGGCAACCCAAGCACGCAGGCCUCCACCAGAAUGUGGCCAGGGGACCAGGUGUGUUGGGAGGGAGGUGUGACUUAUCAAGCAGCAGUGGGAAUUGCUGACGGAGCGGGGCUCCUCACAGCCCCAAGGUGACAUUGGUGAGCCCAGCAUACAAGAUGGCACUCCAUGGCCUAGCACUGUCUAACCACUCUGCCCAGGAGGGCAUCUUGAAUGUUCCGCCCCUUCUGCCCCACAGACCUUAAGCCCUUUAACCUCUCUGCCAAAAAUAAGCACAAGGGGACAAAGCAGAUAGAGCCUUGUUACCCCUGUCACAGGAAGCACUUAAUGCUGCGGGGGGAGUUGGGGGGAAGGGGGGAACAAGUAAAAGAGACCCCCCCACGCAGGGCCGAGCCACCAGGCCCAGCGGUUUUUGUCGGCAUUAGUGCCCCUGCUCAUGCUGGAUGCUUUGUCAAGAAUGAUCCUUCCAAGAUUCUCUUGUUCAAGGAGCACCAGUUCCUGCUUCAUUCUUGAAGCAGGGAGAAAACUGACCUUUGCCCUAUCAUCUAGGCGAGAGUGGGUCUCGGUGCCCAACUGACACCUCACACCUUUGGAGACCAUGUCAUCUUAGGGUGACAUGACUCUUCUGGGUCUAAGACUGUUUGAAAGUAAUGCUCGUAGACUGACUAAGUAGGGUCAAGAGAUCGAGGGUACCAAAGGAUGCAACAGCAGGGACAGUAUCCCGGGCAGCUGGCAGGCCCAGCCAAACCCCCUCUCUCCCUGGGGCCCACGGCAGGUGAGAAGUCACUGGGCACUCAGGACAGUGUGCUUCUAGAUGCCAGAGCAGGUCUCCUGACUGCCUCAAGGGGCAAGACGUGCCUUCUGUGUGCACCUAAGGACCUAGGCUGUGUAUAUAUCUUCAGUGGGAUUUUAUACAACUUUAUAUCAUUUUUUAUACAAAAGCAGCUUCUUAAAUUGCAUUUCCUGUGACCCAAGGGGACUCAUGAAUGAGCCAGAGUUUGGACCCACGUUUUGGGCAUUUGUAACCUUUAUUUUUCUCUUGCAUGUGAACCUACCCUGGAAAAAGCCAUAAUGGAUUAAACCAGACUUGCUCCCUG